AAAUGGCUCAAUACCAGGCGGCCACCCAGAUAGUGACAGUCUCCAGCACUAAUCAACACCCUGGGCACUGGAGCACUGGCCUCUGUGAUUGCUGUGCUGAUAUGGGCACUUGUUGCUGUGCCCUUUGGUGUUUCCCCUGCAUGCAGUGUGAUACAGCCAACAAGCACGGGUGGUGUUGCUGCCUCCCACUCUGUGAUGUAUGCUGCGUGGUGUCCUGCACGCUUCGCCAGUCGAUCAGAGACCGCUACGGCAUCCCUGGUUCGUGCUGUGAUGACUGGUGUAAAAUACUUUGGUGUUACGAGUGUGUCUGGUGCCAGAUGCAUCGUGAGGUGAAGAUCAGGGCCUACAUGCAGCCGGCCACCUCAACGGUGGUCACCACUCAAGUUGUCACAGUGUAGGAUGUAACCAUUUUGGCUGUUGGUUGAGUGAAGAUGGCCAACAGUAUUUUAAAGUUCAUUUUAAGUAUUUCAAAGUGCUGAUGCUUGUGUAGUUCAAUACAAUAUGUAGAGUCAGUGUUAAAAUCAGAUGCUUUGAGUUUUUUUUUAAGCUUGUUUGGUAUAUAAUACAACUGAGAAUGUUUGUUUACUGUAUAAUUUCACAUGGUCACUGUUAUUGUAAUCGUUCCCAAGUUAAAUUUAACGUUUGCUGAAAUAAAAAGUUAUUCAUAUUCACCCAUUA